GUCAUUGAAAAUUUAGAUAAACUUGUUAAUUUGGAACAAUUGUGGCUUGGAAAGAAUAAGAUUGCAGAAUUAAAUAAUUUGAAUAGCUUAAGGAAUCUUAAAAUUCUUAGUAUACAAAGUAAUCGUUUGACUAAAUUAAAGGGAUUGGAGGGUUUGGUUAAUUUGGAGGAAAUCUAUUUGAGUCAUAAUGGUAUUCAGAAACUUGAAGGGUUUGAAAAGAAUUUGAAAUUGAGAGUCAUUGAUAUUAGCAACAAUCUUAUAAAAAAAAUUGAAAAUAUAUCUCAUUUGACGGAAUUAGAAGAAUUUUGGGCUAGUAAUAAUCAAUUAACAAAUUUCGAAGAAUUAUCAGUGCAAUUGGCCCAUCUUAAAAAGAUGACUACGGUUUAUCUGGAAGGAAAUCCAAUGCAAGUGGAUAAUCAUGCAACAUAUAGACUAAAAAUCAAAACCCAUUUACCUCAAUUAACUCAAAUAGAUGCCACGUACGUUUCUUAA